GCCACGCGUGUCGUUCCGACGUGCUUACACGUCAACAUCUCCUCUUUAUCUCCUAAACCAUUAAUUGUUUAACCACUUACUCAUCGUGUGCACACAUACGACGCGUUAGCAUACAAACUGUCUACAAACAGUGCGUUAUCGUUGGAGGAUUUCUGAUUUAUACAUUUAUCGGAGGAAUCAUGCCAUCGGCGUUAUCAGUCGGAGAGAGAUCAGCGGCUCAUGACGACUGAACAUUCGAUAUAAUCUCGCUACUCGCGCGCCCACCUCUAGUUGGGUCGCGGCUUCAAACAUCGAGUGAAUCGAUCGAAGGACGGCACGGCUCGCCGUAGCAGCCCUACUCGUCUACCACAUUCAAAUUAAGCAGCCAUCUUGAAGCCGCGUUUAGACUCUUGAGUUAGACAGUGCAUCAGUGGACAGUUUAGUAAUCAAAUAAAAUGGCAAGCACCGGCAGUGAGAUCUGGCUGCAGUGGUUCGCAUGCUGCUACCAACCGGCGGCGCAGGCGCAGCGCACGCGCCGAAGAAUAGACCGCUCCAUGAUCGGCGCUCCCACCAACUUCCAGCACACGGGUCACAUCGGUUCGACAGACGUGGACAUGCCGUCAUCGCUGCUGCACUCCAUACAGAACCAGAUGCAGAGCAAAGGAGGGUACGAAAUGGCGUACGGUGUUAAGGUUUACUGAUGCCCGACCCGCGGCACGGACGCUAAUGUCACGAAAGAGUGAGACGAUGUGUUAUUGUAUGAUCUACACUAUUUAUUAUUAAACCUGUACUUUAAGUUACUAUAAGUUACGAUUUUGUUGUGUACAUAGACUAAACCUAUCGGUAUAGAAAUCUAAAAGUUACCUGUUGAUUAAUUAUUUUUAUUACUUUCAUUAGUAAUUUUCAUUUCCGUUGCCUGCAGUGGUGUCACUUUAUAACUCGUAAAUAACAAUAAAACAUAUUUACAUAUUAGGUGGGUGUUAUGUAAAAUAACUUCCCUACUUUCAAUUUUCUUUUCGCAUUCUGUAGUAGGUUUAAUUAUUAAUUGAUAUUACCGAUCAUGAUAGCUUCUUUGCUUAACGAAAAUUUCAUAUAUUUUUUUCGAGCUACGCAGUAACCAGACCGUUGGAAAUUAUGGGUAAUUAAGUUAAUUUCCAAUUUCAUUUUUAAUCUUUGUGAUCAGCUGAUACGUUCUCCACUAAAAAUAUUAGGCUUUUUGAUAGACACUAUAAUUAAAUCUUGUGAACAUCCUGAAUCAAAGUCCAGAUAUAAAAAAAAUGUUAUUUACUGUACUUACUUACAUAUUAAAUUAAGGUAUACACCUAGUUCAGAAAGACAAGAGUAGGUAGCCAAAUUAGUAUUUCCAUACAUUAAUGUAAUCACUAUGUAAUGUUUUAAUUAUGUAUAAAAAUAACCCUUUAAUCGAAGUCGCCAUUUUUUUUCAAGUAUAGGCAGCGACCUACUUUAAAAUGGCUGACGUUAGUCGAUAUUUGCUGUCCUUGUUCAACUUUACAAAUACUGUUGAAAAUACAUUUUUGUUAGGGGUAAUAUGAGUACUUACCUAAGUAGAUGAUUUUUACUUUCUAAAAGCGAUCCCUUUCCACUCAGUAGAACGUUUGUAGAACCCCGAAUGUCCUGAAGCUAAGUUUCCUAAGAACGAAGACGCUAGGUACCUACCUACUCACGUCUAAAAAUACAGGGGGGUUAAAAUGGCCACAUCGAAGCAAUUCAUCUAAGAAAGCAAUUAAUUGACAUUUGUUUCCAUUGCGCACUUACUUUUAUAUGCGCAAAUGUCAAAUUGCAACAUUGCUUUCUUAGAUGAAUUGCUUUGUUGUGGCCAUUUUAAUCCCCCUGAUGUCCUAAGUUCUAAAGGUUAUAAAGUUAUAUAAGAUAAACCUUGCUGCUUUAAAACCAUGUCGCAUCAACUUAUUUGACAAAUUGAAACAAAUACUCAAUUAAUUUCAAAUACUUAAUUUAGUGCGACAGGGUUCUAAAAUACCUAUUCAUAUUUUUAGACGUGAUAUUACUUCGGCAGUCUCACCUACAAAAAGUAAAGUUGCAAGUAUAUUGUAAUCGUCAAUGUUAGCACUAGUACUUAUAUAGGUACCUAUAUGAUGUUUUUGAAAGAGGAAUCAUGUGGCUAUAAUAUUUAUCUAUCUAUAAUAAGAUGUGUAAUCCACGUCGUAAUUUUCUCAUAACUUUACAGGGGAAACAGAGCAGGAAAUAGUUACAUAUGUACACCCUUAUAAGUAGUUACUCAUUACAUGUGUCUAUACGAGUUGUUCUAAUUUACUCUCAAAUAAGGUGUUUUUAGGUGUAAAAAUGUUUCAUUAACGUCCAUAUAGAUAUCCAUAGUUAUAUAAACAGAGCUGCAGCUAGAGAGGUCUUUUACAGGAAAACCUCAUUAUAACGAUGAUAUUCAAUAAACAUUGUUCAUACAAGACACCUAAUUUUGAUAUGUUACCUACAAUUCUCAUUAAAAAAAAAUCGAAACACGAAUUAGAAACAUUAUUAAAAAAUAUUUGUACUUACGAGUUUUAGUUUAGAAAUAAAUAAUAAUGUGAGUACAGCAAGCAUAUUAAGGUUUUAAUUCUUAAUGAUGAUGUUCCAAAUUUAAAAUGUAAUUGAACUGGUGUUUUGUUGAACAAUAAUUCGGUAGUGUUUAUUUUUUUUUUUUUACACAAAUAAUAAGUAUAAUUAACUACUCUGCCUAUUUGAACGUACAGAAUAAUUGACACAAAUGAAACUAUAGUAAUAAACUAAGUAGGUACCUACUUGAUUGUAGAAGUGUAGAGACUUCCCUAGUAGUAAUCUUGCAGCUUUGAAUCUAUAUUGAGCAUGUUGGAAUUUACUUUUGAUCAAACAAAAAUGGUUUCCAGAAAGCCGUGUAUAGUUUAAAAAAUAUAUCUAAAAUAUGUAUUUAAAAAAUAUAAUAUAGUUCAUUGUAAUAUUUUUGGUAAAGACCCUUGAUUUUGAAAAAUAAAAAUUGCCGUGGUAUUUUGUCUUUUAUAGACACUGUUUUGGUAUAUAGAUAGUUUAGGCAGGAUACCUAUCUUCAUAAAUAUGCAUAACUUCCAAUUUCAAAACAUAAUAAGCUCACGACAAUUUUCCCGAUUGUUGAACUAAGUACCUACCCACGUCUUUCUUUUAGACCAUUAAGGCAAACCAUAUCGCCGUAGUGGUGGAGCCAGCUGUAAAUGAAAAUUUAUUGUAAGAUAAAUUAAUAAAUCAUUGGUGCAAGUCCAGUACCGGGGAUCACAUUAACUUACCUACUUUUUUCUAAAAUUAAUAAAAUUUAUAUAUUGUAAUGUAUAGCCUCGGGACAUUCUAAUUAAAAUAAAACAAUUCUGUGUACGUAAGUGAAAACCACAUUACGCAGGCACUUUGGAUGUAAUGUACGUAUUAAAAAAACAAUAUGUAUGUCUAUCUAUCUAUCUUUUUAGUUGUAAUGUAACUAAACAUAAUGCAUAAACAUGUCAUGAAAUGCAUGACAACAAUGUUUCUAUUGCAUUUACAUUAUCAAGUAAUUUUUUGAUCAUUUGUUUACAAUGUGGUGGUGAAGUGCACUUCAGUAAGAUCUUAUCAGUUUGGCUACAUAUAUAUACUUAUACAAUCAAUUAUGAGGCUCAACCAAAUCAUAUAUCAAAAACAACACUAUUCUAAAUGAAUUCGUAAGAUAUGAAGUUAUAAAAGCCACAACCCACAAAAUAAUAUCAUACAGAAACCAGCAAAACUGAUGAGAUUUUAAAACUCUAAAAUUAUUUUCCUGUAUCAUACCUAUACAAAUUAGAAUCGUUAAUUAAAAUAUUCUCAUAUUUAGAUAAUUUCAUUGUAAUUAUAGUAUAUCGUCGAAGUUAUAGUUACGUGUUAGGAAUUAAAGUGCAAAUGUUUCUCGUAUUUGUACAAUAACGGUCUUCGUGCACGAAUAAGUUUGUGCAACAGAACGGCUGAAACAAAUAAUAUUGCAGAGACUGAGAGAAAUCUAUAUAAUAUAUAUAUUUAUAUAAUCAUGUGUAUAACAAUCUAUAUAUGUAUAUAUAUUAACAGGAAAACAUAAUGGGUAUUGUGAUCCAUCCAAUUUUAGGGAAACCUAAUGUAGAAGUUUAAAUAUUUAUAAAGUAUGAAAAGAAGUAAUUUUGUCAUUUUAUUUUUAAAACGACAAAGUUUAUAAUUGUGUAAGUCUUCGAGUUAUUUACGGUAUAUCUAAUAUGUACUAUAUUUGUGUACCUUAUACUUUAGGUAGUGACAUACUACUGGAUUUUUCUGGAUAUAAAAGUUUAAAAUGAAAUUUGGAUUUUUUCAUUUGCACGUUACCCUUACAAAACAGGAAACACUUUUCAAUUGUUUUGCCAUUUUAUUAUUUUUCUUGGAGUAUUUUCUUUUUGUGCAAGAAUAAACCUAAGAAAGGUAGGUACAUACAUAGGUUUACACCUUUGGUCCAAAACCUACUUUUAUCCUUUAGUUUUUUCUCCUUAGUUAUUUUUUUUACGCAAUAUUAAAUCCAACUAAAUAAACUUUGGUGUAAAUGUGUAUUGAUACGCAACUUUGGUGUAAAUAAUUACUUGCUUCUCUUUAUGCGCCAUUAGUUUUCGGCAUUAUGAAACACGAGUAAGUAGUAAGUAGAAAUACGUAGUUAUUAUCGUAGUAAUUAACAUGUACUUGAUUGUAAUACGAUUGGUAAAACCACCUGUCUCUCAAGAGCCAUCGCGUCGCGUCGUAGCGUCUGGAAUCGUAGACAAACAAAAUAAAUGACGUCAGCUCACCGUAAUGCAACAGAUGCCUAAUUCGACGAUUGCUCCGCUGAACACCCAAAGUGUGCUCCUGGUGGUAGAACGGGUAAAUUCUAAUGCUCUGUUGUGCCCCUUUAGUGGUACAGAAGGGAAACUUUUGAGUUACCUGUCGUGCUCCUUUUAAGUUAUGAACACAUUGGAGGGACUACUAAAAUGAAAUAAGUACUUGAAAUAUUUGUUUUAAAUGUAUAAUGUUAAGUAUUUAAAGAAUAAAGAACAU